CCUCACACUCUCCGUCUUUCUGCCUAACAAUUCAUUAUCUUUUGCCAUCUGUACCAUAUCCAACACCCCCUUACCAUACUCACUUCUUAAUCAUCUCACAUCUCAGCUUCUCGACACAUGCAGAAUUGUGCCAAAUCACGCUCACACUCACACGCACGCCCGCCCAACGACUCGCACACCCUUGCUUCAUCCAACCGUCGCCUUCGCCUCAGGUUCCGGCCAGAAACGAAGACCCCGGUCACAAGUCAAACACAUCAUUGCCUAGAGCCCUUCGCUAACUGCACAUUACUUCACGUUCACCUUCUUCCCUCACCAAAUCGACAGUGCCUAACGAGGCUCGCCUCACUCACUGGGGGUAUAUGAAGCCUUGGUCCUUCCCUUGAUGGUCUCGGCUCAAUCACACGCCAUCAUACGCUUUCAUCACCAACCACCCUCGACCACUUACACACCACCGCCCAACACACAAUGUCCCAGUCAUAUCGAAAAAAGGGCCCCGAGAGCUCGACGAGUAGUCGGGACUCCCGCAGGAGUUGUGAGUCCUGCGACUCGUUCGAGACGUAUGAGUCGCAAAGCACGACACCUACCUCCUACUACGCAAGCACCGAGGCAUCCGCAUCCGUCAAGGAGGCCAGGACCCUCUCCCAUAAAUUCCAGCCUGUCUACGAGGAAGACAUAUCCCCUUCCACGAGUAACUGCCUACGGUCAUCUGUCGACACGUUCGACUCUACCUUGGCCUCCGACGACGAGGACGACGAGGACGAUCUCGAGCUGAAACGCGACUACGAGAUGGACGGCUUUGACAAACACCAAGAGAUCCCGCCUUUACCCGCCUACUAUCGCGAUAUCGUCGACACCGACGUCCGGCCCUCCACCCCCCAGGACUUUGCCAAGCUUUUCCCCUCCAUGAACAGGCUAUCCAUCUGCCACGACGACCUCACCCCCGACGGUAACAUGAACCUGAGGGUCGACACCGUUGCACCCGGACGCCGCCCCUACAAUAUCCAGCUGUUCCAUCUGCGCAUGUACGACCUAGGCAAGCGCGAGUUCUCCCUCCGGAGGUACUGCCGCGAUUCGGGCCGCGAGGUCUGCAACUCCAAGCGUAAGUACCUCGAGGAGACCGUCGAGGAACGCCCGACGCUUCAACGAUCGGUCUCGAGCGCCAUCAAGACCCUCUCCAUGAGGAAGCCGCUCCCGCGCACAAACUCGGGCGGCCCCGUCCUCGGCGGCAAGGGCAAGGACGUGCCUGUGCCCCGGCCGCAAUCCAGCGCGUCUUCGUCCCGCAACAGUGCCGACGAGCCCUCGGGCUUCUUCCGACGGUCUGCUUCCUUUGAGCCCAAGCCCAAGGCCCGGCCCGUGCCCAGCAACGCCAUGAAGCUCGAGUUUUCCAACUACGCGCGCGUCGAUGUCGAGCGUCGCGGCAGCUCUCACAACAAGCGCUACGAGUUCCAGUGGUGGGGUCACAAAUACCAGUGGAAGCGCGUGAUCGACAAGAACCUUGGCGUUGUCUCCUUCCACCUCGUCAAGGACGGCAACAACAACGCCAGCGACGCCGUCGCCCACAUCGUCCCCGAAACACGCUCGCCCAACCAAGUCGUCGAGGACGAGAGCUCCGGCGGCUGGGUUCCCCCCUGCCACAUGUGGAUCAGCGACCGCAGCGUCCUCGACGCCGUCACCGACGUUGCCGACGUUAUCGUCGCCACAGGCCUCAUGGCUCUCGUCGACGACUGUAUCAAGCACCGCUGGCAGACCAAAAAGAUCCAUCGGAUCCCCGUGCCUCUGACGUCCCGGACGGUCGAUGUUGAGUACGUCGGGCCCCGGGCCUUUGUACAACACCUUUUCCAGCGCCGCGCCUCGGACCAGAUAUCGAGUCCUUUGCGACAACGCCCAAUUCCAACCUACUGAGAUGCGCGAGCCGGGUUGUAUGGCGCGCACAGUCUUGUUUCGGAGCGCUCACUAGACUCUUUUCAUUUCAAACCCUCCGAAUGUGAAAAACAUCAACUAAGCAACCAAACAAAUUGUUCUUAUUUUUCUUU